AUUUACUGCAUGAGUACUGUGGAAGAAGCUUUAAACCACUCAAGCAACGACCAAACAGACUCGAGCUCUCCAGAAAAGCCAAAAGUUAAAAGCAUUGAUGACUUCAUUGAAAUUAGCUUGUAUACACUGCUGAUAUGCGUCACGUGCGAGUUGAAUAUUUCACUUCAAGUAUGUACCAUGAUGCUCAUGGUUCAUGCAGGAGCUUCACCAGUUAUUACCGGUUGCGAAAACAUCGAUUUUAUUGGAACUGACGAAUGCGAUAGCUUAGCUGAACUACGUAAAAAAACAGGAUGCAUGCCAAAACUUAAAUACCAGUUUUAUUCCCUGAAUAUUAAAUACGACCGUCUUUGCGAGGAUACAGCAGACGUAAAAAACAGUAUAUCGCUUCAAAUGUUUGGCCUUUUGAUUGGUGCAUCUAUUUUUAGCCAAAUUAGCGAUGCUAUCGGAAGAAAACCAGUAAUAAUAUUUUAUGUCAAUUAUCUUUUGUUUGAUUGGUAUGAUCAUAUUUGGUUACGUAACUGUAACUGCACAAAGACAAUGUUUACUGCAUGGCGAUGUAUUGUGGGCUUCUUUUGUGGCGGCCAUACUGCGGUCUUGUAUGUCUACAUGUUGGAACAAGUACCUCGUAAGCAUAGCUUUUGGAUAGCUGGAGUAGUUACCUGGUCACCAAACUACAUUCUCUUGGCCAUUAUUCCUUAUUACUCUUAUGACUGGAGAACCUACUCUAAGGUGAUUGUCUGUAUAGAGAUACCAGCAUUGAUCUUCUUGCUGUAA